AUGGAAAUGUCUGACACAGUCAAACCUGUGACCUCCUUCCUCAUUGAGGACAUCCUCUCCAUUAAGGAAAGCACAAGGCUUCAUGGGAAAUGCUGCUCGCAGAAGAUGGAAAGAUGUUCACAGUGGAAAGAAGAAUCUGAAAAGCUGUCAGCACAACUCUGUCCUCGGGAGGAGGCGUUUGGAGUGCAGACAGAGUCUCUGAAUGCGUCCUGUUCCAGUUCCCCAGAGUCAAGUUUUUCCUCCACAGGGAAACAGAAGCGCUCCAGAGCCGCGUUUACGCAUCUCCAAGUUCUUGAACUGGAGAAGAAAUUUAAUCACCAGAAGUACCUGUCCGCCCCAGAGAGGGCUCACCUGGCCAGCACCUUAAGACUGACCGAGACCCAAGUGAAGAUCUGGUUUCAGAACAGGAGGUACAAAACGAAACGAAAGCAGCAGACACCGGAGUUCUGUAAGGACGCGUACAAAGCAGAGGGACUGAGAGAGGACUUGGUCAGGUCAUCACUAAUAACUUCCUUCUGUAAAGCCUACCAGUACAGACCCUACCUGUGGGACUACAGCGGCCCCUGGGGCCCAGUGUUGUGGUGA